GUAGCGAGCGCACGUGUGGCUCUCGUCGGUCUGUGUGUGCAACUUUCGUAGUCAGUGAAGUGUUUGCAAGUGUUGGUUUUUUGAGGAUUUAUCCAAGGAUUAGUCUGGAGUUUGGGUACAUCGAGAUAAACUACAUAAACAUCGAAUAAUCUACACAUCUAGCGACUAAAAAGAAUCAUAAAGCUUUAAGUAAAUUAAUAGAAAAUACAAAAAAUACUUCAAAAGUGAAACGUGAAAAAUACCAAUUUAAUAUACAGUCAAAAAUUUUACACGAAAGAUAAAAACAUAAAUAAAGUAAAAAGUGUUUGUACACAUUUUGACAGAUAAGAACGGCAACAGACAGUUAAAAGUAAAGUGUAUUGAAAGCUUUGUAACAAAACGUUUACACUUGACAACUGAGUGUAAUAAGAAGUGUUAAAUCCUAAUCAAACAAGUGUAAUUAAAGUAUUGACAACCAAGUGUAGUAAAAAGUGUUGACACCCAAGUGUAGUUAAAAGAGUUGAAAACGAAGUGUGAACAAAAGUGUUGACAACCAAGUGUAGUCAAAAGUGUUGACAGGCAAGUGUUAAUGUCAGGCGUUGACGGUGAAGUGUGGUGAGGGUGUGGGAGUGUGGCAUGUGGGAUUGAUGUGGGGCUCCCGGAUGCGGGCGAGGGCGCGCCGCGGCCGUCAGGUCAAUGACGUCCACGCUGCUCGUGCUGGCCCUGGCAAUUGUGACCCUCUCACAAGGAAUCCUGGUGAACCGCACAGCUGAUUAUGGUACAGAACCCAUCAUGAUCGACAGAACGAACCGAAGCCUGUCGAGGACCAAUAGCAUAGGACUAGAUAUAGUAUAUAGCAAUUUCCUUGUACAUAAGAGAUAUAUAAACAGCCUCAGGGAGGCGGAAAUAGAGAGAUUAGGAGAGGAGAGAUUAGAGGAAGAGAGUUUGAGGAGGGUGAAGAGGGCGGAGGAGGAGCAGGAUCCUCGCUGCGAGAAGUUCAUGUGGGAGAGCAAGGAUCAGACUUACAUUAUGCAUCCGCACAACAAGGACACCGGCAGCACCAACUAUUACAGUGGCAUAAGCUGUGUCACUGUUAUUAAUGGCGGCGAGGGUACGGUGGUGCAGCUGACAUUCGUGGACAUGUUCCACAUCGAGUACCAUCCUGACUGCGAGUACGACUUCCUCGAGAUCCGCGAUGGAGAGAAGGGCUACGCGAACAUCCUGGACAAAGUCUGCGGGGAGGCCUUCCCUCGUCAGAUCACCACGUCGGGGCCCUACGUGUGGAUGAAGUUCAAAUCUGAUGAUACCAUCGAGUACGAGGGAUUCAGGAUCAAUAUCCAGUUCAUACCGACGUCUACUAGCAUCAGCAUCCCGAAGUCGUGCUACUUCGAGCUGGAGGGCAUGUACGGCAUCAUCGACAGCUCCAAGAUUGAGGACUGCCGGCAGCGCACCACCAACCAGGCGCUGGACGUGCUGUGGACCAUCAAGGUGCCGGAGAACCAUAGGAUAAACUUGAACUUCACGUCAUACUCGCUGGCCAAGCCCAACGACUGCGAGGACAACCUGGUGCAGGUGUUCGACUACACCCUGGAGUACCAGUCCAAGCUCGCGCACUACUGCGGCUCGGUGGCGAACGCGGUGAACACGAAGGGCGUGGAGGGCGGCAAGGGCGGCAAGGACGAGAAGGGCAACAUCAUGUACGUCCGCCUCUACGCCUCUAAGGCGGGCCGCUCCUCGCAGUUCAAUGCCACCUUCACGGCCUAUAGAAGCCUGGACCCGAAUAAAGACGAGAAGUGCGAUCCCGACACGGAGUUCAACUGCGAGGACAACACGUGUAUAGCGGUCGCGCUGCGGUGCGACAAGUACGCGCACUGCAGGUUGAAGGCCGACGAGGAGCCGGAACUGUGCAAGGAAGAAGCAGAGUCGAUGAUCAGCAAGCCGCACAUCCUCACGAUCCUGAUCAUCUUCUCCCUCAUCCUGUCCGGGAUGAGCUUCGUCUUCCUCUUCAAGUGCAUCCGGAAGCUGUACCGAGACCACAAGAUCAUAAAAGAGCACAUCAAGCAGUCGUGCGAGGACCGCAUCGACACGCUGGUGGCCAGCCGGCUGACGCUGGACGCCAAGCGGCUGCAGCGCGACAGCGAGCCGCGCGCGUCGCUCGAGCGGGACAACCACACCAACGAGAUGUUCAAGCAGCAGCGGAAAAUUUCGCAGCAGCGGCGGCCAACGAGCAUCGACUCUGACCUUAUACAGGAGACGCGGCUGGACAUGGACGACCCCUGGCGGCGGGACGUCGACACCAUUCCUCGGGAGCCGGACGACGCCAGGCCGGAGAGGAACGGCAUCCACGAGGAGAAGCGCCGAAUGAGGAGAGACACCAGCCGGAAGGAGGACUCUCUCAGGAAGUCCAAGGAGGAGGAGAAAAGGGAGGAGAGAAGAGAGAUCAGAGAGGACAGAAGAGAGAUCAGGGAGGAGAGAAGAGAGAUCCGAGAGGAGAGAAGAGAGAACAGGGAUGUGUCGGUCGGCGCGCCGGAUACCAAGGAAUCGGGAUGUCAGACGCGGGAGAGCCUGUUCCAAACUGACACCACGAUCAGUUCUGAUGGGUCCAACACCACCAACAGCCGCGGGUUCUCGACGUUCGGGUACUCGGGGGCGACGAUCGUGCAGCCGCCGCCCACCACCACCUCCGAGAUCACCAUCGAGCUGCUCAGCAAGGUCGCGCCGGACACCAAGCAAAAGAAGAUCCCGGACCGGCGGCCGAUGAGCACCGAGACGACGCGCUCCGCCCCCGACGUCAUCAUAGUCUCCAAGCCGGUUCGCUGAGGGUGACCUCCGGGGCCCUGGGCACCACCGGGGCCCCGCACGCGCCCCGAGGGGGCCCACCAGCCCCACUGCCCCCUAGACUUCUCCCGCAGCUUAGACACGUGCGAGUAUUACAGCACCUACUUCGACGAAGGACCAAAACUUAUAUACGACUACUGUCUAAAGAGUGACUUUUACAAGGCGCGGACUCUCCCGAGGAAUGUCGGUUCGACGGCCGACGUGAAGGUGCACCCGCGACGUAGCGUGUGCUUCUAUGACUGUCCCAACCGGAACACUAUAGUGGUGAAGGCUGAUGUGGAGCCGAGGUAGCAGUGAUAAGCUUUUUAAUACUUUACUACUGCUAAUAGGCCACACGGUGCUGCGUGAUCGUGCGAUUUUUUUUUAAAUUGUGAGUUUUCUACAAGUGUGUAGUGGCUUUAUGCGCACAUUUCUGUGAAUCCUGUAAGUCUCACGCCUUGUUUCUGAAGAUAACAGGAGUUUAUAUUUUAUUAAGCUAUACUCGAGCUCCUUUGAUUGGCUAUACGUUAACAAAUCAACAAUUUUGUUGAAUACAUUAACUUCAAUCAAAAAGUCUUAGCAGCCGGGCAUAAAUUCUGUUAAUGUUUCACUGUUACCAUAAUAUUUAUUAUACUGCCUUUUAUUUAUUUAGUUUUGUAAUUUGAAUAGUUUAUGUAAUAAUUGUAUAGUUUGACACCUGUGUUGUUAUAGCGAAAACCACGAUCAUACACACAUUUCAUUUCACAACAUUUCAUACGAUCUUUCGUAUGAAGUUUUAUAAGCCCCGUGGUUAUGAUUAUAGCCAUAGUU